CCAGAGUCUGGCAGUCACAAACUGUCUCUCACUCCUGUACAAGUGACAGAAUUUGACAGCAAACACUUCAUUUUUAAGGCUGCUUCUCCUCCUAGGUUCUCUUCUGGCACUGUGCAGCCUCUGCUUUCUGUGCACACCCAGUGAAGAGUGACACAUUUUUGGGGACUCGAAGCUGUGCCCACAGAAGCUCUUUUAGCCCACAGCACUCAGAACUGCACGUGGUAUCUUCUGCUACUUCCUGCAGCUCUGUCAGAGCAGCCUCUGAGCACGGCACGAGCUGGAGCACUCCGUCAGCUCCUCUGCAAAAACAGGGGGGAAAAAGGAAAAAUAAAAGGAAAUACCAGCUGGAAAAAGAAUAAUGGAACGUUGUCUACACGAAAAUUGUAACUCCACUUGCCCAGAACUUCCUUAUCAGGAGAGUCAGACAUUUCUGGUUGCUGUUUACAGCAUCGUUGUUGCUAUAGGCCUUCCAGCCAAUUGCUUAACCUCUCUGCUUACGUUUGUACAAAUCCAAAGGAAUAAAGUCGUUGCCAUCUACAUUUUCAGUUUAUCACUGUGUGAUCUGAUGUAUUUAAGUACCUUGCCUCUCUGGAUUAUCUAUGUGCAAAAUGGGCACAAUUGGACCAUGGGUGACACUGCUUGCAGAAUAACAGGAUUCAUCUUUUUCUGCAAUAUCUACAUCAGCAUUCUGCUUUUGUGCUGCAUCUCUGUGGAUCGUUACGUGGCACUGGUGUAUUCUGUGGAAUCAAGGGGGAGAAGAGAACAGAAACAGGCCACCAAAAUAGUCUGUUUUCUCUUUGCUGUGGUUGCAGGAAUCCACACUCCGGUAUUUUACAUGGAAGAUAAGCAAAACUGUACAGAGGUGAAAACCUGCUUUGAGACAGUGCCCCUUGACAUAUUAUUGGCUUCUUUCAGCUUCGCUAGAUUCCUGUUUGGAUUUGCCAUACCCUUCACAAUCCUGAUUUUUACAAACUACAAAAUUUUCCAAGCUAUCAAAAGAAGCAGCAGCUUGACUUGCCGCCAGAAAGCCAAAGUGAAGUAUGUGGCUAUUGCCAUUAUUGUUAUUUUCUUGAUCUGCUUUGCUCCAUAUCAUGUGGUGCUCAUAAUAAGAGCCAUAUACUUUAUGUUUCAUCAGGACUGCCCAUGUCCGUUUGAAAAUAAGAUAUAUUCAGUUUUUACAGUGUUUCUGUGUUUAGGCACUGCAAAUGGUGUUGCUGAUCCAAUCCUCUAUGUUCUGGUCAGUGAAAAUGUUAGAAAAGACUGUUACAGGAGCCUGAGAAGAUGGAGAUGGAACUCAUCCAAGCUAAAUUCAUCCACUGAUCACAAUACUGACAACAGAAAAUUGGAAAUGCCAAAAGAACCAGAGGAAGGGGGCCAAAGAAAAGAAAACAAAGAAAUGACAGAUUCCUCUGACAUUCAGAAGGUCUGUACCAGUGGCAGAGACCAGGAAAGUGGCAGCUAGGCUGGUAGCUGCUGGAACAAGUAAGAAGUUCCCAAUCCCAGCUGCAGGACACAAGUUUUUACAUGCUGACAUCACCUUGCAUAUCUUGCAUGGGUCCUUAACUCCUUGAGGACACUAUGGGAGCAAUAAUUCACAUUUCUGUUUGUCUCCUACAAUAAACUUUGCCCACCAGUAUCACCGGUGAAAAUACUGCUUUACUGAGGAUGCAUGGAAUAAACAAAGUAAUUUACUUUGACUCAACAUGGGAUCUUAAAAGCUUUUUUCUUUUGGACCAACUCUUUUUCUCACAUGAAAUAAAACCAGUUUUAUCUUCUGAGCAAAAUUUUAAAAAGCACUGGUGAGGAAAACAAGGUACUAUUCUUAAUGUUGAAUUUUUGCUUCUAACCAUCUGUUCCUCUUCAUGGUAAGCAUGAGGAGGAGCAUGUUCCACUUCUUACACAUGUGCUCUGCUGUUAACAUUUGUGGUUAACCAGUGGAAAAUAUUAAAAAUGAGUAAGUCUUUCAACAAGAGCUUUGAGCAUUUUCCUUGGACUCUAGUAUGUGACUUCAGGUACAUCACACAUUCCAGGAGAAUUAGAUGGCAAAAAAAAUGCCUGAUAACACAGAGCAACAGUACUGCUGCUGCAUUAGUCAAGAUCCUGCACUGCCCUGAAAUUCUUAAAAUGUACAAUUCUAAUGCUUGAUAGUUUACAAUCAGUAAAUUUUAUUUGUUUUGCAGUCAGACCUAGAAUGCACUGAAAUAUACAAAAAAUGUAUACAUAUCCAAGUGGAGUCAGGGACUGCUUUUAUGCCAUCUCCAAAUGUUUGUUGAACUCAUGUUUAGUUUGUGACUAAGCUAACCCUUCCCUUUUGUUACUGAUCCCACUUUUACUGUGUAGGAGUCUGUAGCAGCUAUGGGUAGGCUCACAGAUGGUAUGGAAGGUUGGCAGUCUGGAGAGCACAAUCCUUCCUCCCCACAGCUGAGAACUCCCUCAGACAUGCUGGGGCAAAUUUCACUGCUGCUGCUGCCACUUCUAUUAUAAAUAACUUGCUGAUAGUAGUUCCUUGUGCCUUCAAACAAGAAUUUAAAAAAUAAGAAUGAUACAAAUCUGGCAAUGUUUGUCUAAACAACUUCAUAUUUUUAUGGGAUUCAACAGACAGAUCAUGAGCCAGUUUGAAUACAAGUUUGUAGAGUGUUUCAUAGCAUCAUUCCAUUUAAUCUGUGCUGUUGUAUUUCUGUGACAUGUUGAAAUUGUUAUUGACGUUGACAUUUCUGCAUUGAAUUAAUAUUAACCAGUCAAUAUAAAUACAAUGCUUUUUAUUAUCUUAAAAUUGCCAUAGAUAUUUCUGUAUAUUAUGUUUUAUUUUUAUAUAGUCUUACACUUUUGUAAAGAACAAUUAUGCCAAAAUUAUAUAUCCUCAAUUUAUUAUAUUUAUUACAUAUUUCAUUUUUUAA